AUGGUCCUUAAUGUCAACAUGGUGCUGUCCACCGAGUUGGCUCGUGAAGGUCUCCUCGAUAUGCCUGACCUUUUCUGGAUGAGAUGCCAAGAGCUCCUUUACCCAGAAGAUGUAGCCCAGGCUCGCCCAGACGACGAGAGACUGUGGACCAUGCUGCAGAACUACCGCCUGAAGGGUGUCAUUCACUAUCUGGCCCUGAUCGUGAAAAAGCAUACCCGCCCUGCCCUUAGAUGUAUAAACGAAGACACGGUAGUCCCAUAA